UCGCCACGCCAAUCCUAUGUUAUCGACACAUCAUGCCUAUGUGCCUGCCUGCCUUCUUGAUUCACGUCCUGUCUUCUUGCUCCUCUCUGUAGCGUAUGGCACCAGCGUAGUUGCACAAGGGGACCUCGCUGCACAUGACAAUCAGACAGACACAGACACAUGGAGAAAUGAAUGAACUGCCUGUAUGUAUGUGUGCAUCUUCGCUCGCACCUCAUGAGUUUCCCUUGGCCAUCGCAGAACCUCUUCAGCUGCCGGCCGUCUCGUGUGUGGUGCAGUCCCUCUCCCUCACGAUGACCGCGCACAAAGGGCCCCUCAUCAAAGGACCCGUGAGGGGUCAGCAACACACCCCUGCGUGUACACCGGAGUAGAGACAAGCAUCCGGUGCAUUUCUGUCUGCGUCGAGUGCUCACCAGUACUGGUAUGCGUCAUUGCGGAAUAUGCCACGGUAGACAUUGGCCGACGGGCCCUCCACCAUCGCUCCCCGUGAGUGCUUCUCGCCCUCUCGCCAAUAUCCACUGAACAAGACACCAAGCUUCAUGUCGAUCGAUGCAGCCAACCCAGAAAGGUCUCCUGUCUUAUCCAUGCCUCCCUACGUAUUACGUGUAUGUCGAUCCGUCUCGGUGUGUGCAUGUGCCCCAGCCGUCAUAUUUACACCAGUGAGGCGGACCUGUGACGUGACGUGCACAAAUGUGCAAAUGGUGUCGAAGAGGCGUCGGUGCGUGCCUGCUGACCUGACGUUGGAACGCUCAUCUUGAUGCCCCAAGGCCUUGGUGCGUCAGCAGCCGAAGGCAGCCCUCUCACAGAGCCGCAAUAUGUCUCUUUAGCCUUUAAUCGAAGAGUGCCUUGGCCGUCGGGCACAUCGUUGCGGAUCAUUCCCUGCACGCAAAAUGAGUAGAACAGCCGUGGACUGGACUCGGGUGUCGUGUGGAUGGAUCGGUGUUCGUAUAUACCUCAUAGUGAUCUCCGUUGCCCCACUUGAUUACGCCAUGUCCGUUGAAUCGUCCUUGUUGGCACUCCCCGUCAAUCACGCACACCAGCUCCUUCCCUUGACCCUUCCGCCCCUCACAAAGCAAUCGCACGGCCGCAUCAGCCGUUGUCGCCCUCAUAUAAUCUACCACAGGCAGAUAUUGAGCCGAAUGGCAUCGCACCACAUAUAGGCGUCCCCUUCCGUGUGGCUCUCCCUUGUUGAACUCGCCGAUGUAGUGAUAGUGCACAAGGCGACCCCCUGCUUGGUCCGAUGUCCUCUGCACCCACAGCUUCUCUCCCCAUCCGUGCAGCCGAUUCAUGUGCCACUCGCCGCGAACAAAGAGAGGGGAUGCGCCGCUUGGGUCCGAGAUGUACUGCCCACAGCCUUGGCGCACAUCAGAGUGGAACUGGCCGAUGUACGUCGAGCCAUCGGGGUAUGUGAGUCUGCCGGCGCCCUGCCGCCGCCCUCUGUGGUAUUCGCCCUCGUAUGUGAGACCGUCUGUCUUCCGCAGCAGUCCCUGGCCGUGUCUUUUGUCUUCCAACAGCUCCCCUGAGUACCGGUCUCCACUGCUGCUUGUGAUGCAGCCUUUUCCGCUCUUCUGCCCCUGGGCGAACAGGCCUUCGUACUUGACUCCUCGCACAUCCGUAACACUGCCGGGACCUGCGUCAUAGAGAAUUGAAAGACAUGAGGUUGCGCAUUCGCCGGCUGACCAUCGAGAAGGCCCUUUCUAAAGACCCCUUCAAAGAUUGUCCCGCUAUCGAGUCUUAUUCGGCCCUGAACCACCACCGAUGCUCACAUGUAUGAGCGUGUACACAGCCCAAAGCGUUUGAUGUUCAGUCAAUGUCUCACCACUCCUUGUGCGCUUCCAUUGACCAACUGGCCUUCGUAGUCCCCCCAGCCCUUGACACAGAGCCGGCCCCAGCCACCAACAAUAUCACCCUUCCACGUGCCGUCGUAUUUGACAUGGGGGCUCCAUUCGUCAGGGUGACGGUCGCUAACAGCUCGAAGAGAUGAUGUGGGAAGCCGGACAGUCGUGAAAGUGAUGUUGGGAGGGAAGAGUGCGUCAUCGUCCGCCACUGCCGGCGAGUGAGGCUCCCCAGAGGACUCGAAGAGAGGGAAGUCGUCAGCGGAAGGGCUGUCUGUCGUGAGCAAUGCCUCUGGCGUGGCAGCCCGCGAAAUGAUUGGCUCCGGGAUGGGGAUGUUGAGGGACGGGGGGCUGUCUUGACCCCCAGUGUCGCCACACGACACAAACCAAUGUGUACCAUUGCCAUGUCUCUGAUGUUCGAGGAAGCCACCUUUGUACAAGCCGCCAUGGCUGAAUACAGAGCAGGAAUCGCUGUAGUGUUUCGCUUAGCUAUCAACACAUGCAGUACUUGAGAGUUUCAAGGAAGAUGGGUAACAGGGAAGACGGCUUGUUCCGUUCGAGGUAGUCGAUGAGCUCCCGCGCCUGCUGAUCGCCCACCUCUGCCGCCAUCAAAGGCACUGGGGGCUCCAGCUCGUCCACCUCAUUUCGACUCUCGACAUCCGCCUUUCUCACUCCCUCAAUGGCCGGUGCCGUGACAGCCCACUUCCAUUGAUCGACGUCUUCACGCAACACCGCCGGCAUGUCACCCACACUGUGGCUCGCCUGUGGCAAUGGCACUCCUCGCUCUUUCUUCAGCAGAGACACAUCCGAGCUGCUUCGCGUCAGCGGGGGAGAUGUCGGUGGGCAGACGAUCGACAAGAGCUCCUGCCAAUCUUCGAGGGAGAGGAUGGUCGAGAGGGGGAUGGGUGACAAUGCCACAGGCGAGGGCCGAAUGAUGGGAGGAGGGGAGGGGGACGACGGCAGCGUUGACGGCGUUGGGGCAGGCUCGGGCUGGCCCUUCGGCUCCCAGUCAUCCUUGAUUGAUAUGUCCUGGAGACAUGGAGGUCGACACAGAGACACAUGGACACAAGUGCUGCAGUGCGAUGCAUCCAGUACAGAGACGUGCAGUGUACCUCAGCGGCGUCUCGUCUCUGUAUGUGCAUUCGCGCAGCCUCCAAGAGGGCAUCCUCCCAGUACGCGCAUGGCCACCUGCACCAGCCCAGGCCGUUUAACAGCCCUCCGUCGAACCUUCCAACAUACACACGGCCGUCAGGAGAGUAGAGCGUCGCUAUGCCGCCUGCCGGCACGUCGUCCUGCGCACAACAACAAGGCAGCCGAUGGAAGACCACACAUAUGGACAGUCACUGUGCGUGUCUCGUUUAUGCAUCCCCACCGUACGCGGAACGGCCCGUGGUAGAUAUGUCCGUCCGUUUCAAGCAGACACCCAUCCCCCUCUCUUCUGUCGCCUCGCCACCCCGACGCUGCAAACCGACCUGCAGCCAGUGCAAACAUGAGAGCUGACACUGUGGGUGUCCAUGGCUUGACUCUCUGGAUACCAUCUCUGUAGCUGAGAAGGCCAUACCCACUUCUCUGGUUCUGGCCGCCAUCGAACCUCCCAACAUACAGGCUGCCAUCGACCAGGCUCUCGGCCUGCAGGCCGUCCCUCUCUCGAUAGGCAUACAAAGCCAGACGUGCCCCAGGGUGAGUCGUGUGCAUCGCCAUCUCGCCUCGCACAGCUCUCUGAAGGCCUGCAUGUGCGUGCACACUGCAAUGAAGCUCCGAUGCCUCACACAAUCUGCGUCUCCAAAACCGUCGCAGCUCGGCUCGUUCUCGCUCAGGAAGCAGAUUGCUGCACACUUUCGACGCUGAUGAGCCGCUCAAUUGCAGUCGAAAUGGCCUCCUUGGCGAUCUGCUGUCC